AGGGCAGAGAGUUUGGCCCGGGACACUGCCCUGAAGUGGGUAUCGGGUGUGUUCUGUUGCCCUGAGCAUCUGGAGAGGUUAGGACAGUACCGCAAAAGGGAAUGCCAGAGGACCUCAUCCAUCCACUCCAGACUCAAGGUAUCAUGUAACUACAAACACACCUGCUCCCACUAGAAGCUAUUGUCAUUUCCCACAUGAAAUUAUAUAGACAUGAGGGAGAAAUAGGUACCAUUCCCCAGAUCUAGUGCCUCUACACAAUCCUGUCUCGGAGCUCUACGGACAAUUCCUUCGACCUCAUGGAUUGGUUUUUGCUCUGACAUGCACUGUCAACUGUAGACAGGUGUGUGCCUUUCCAAAUCAUGUCCAAUCAAUUGAAUUUACUACAGGUGCACUCCAAUCAAGUUGUAGAAACAUCUCAAGGAUGAUCAGUGGAAACAGGAUGCACCUGAGCUCAAUUUCGAGUCUCAUAGCAAAGGGUCUGAAUACUUAUGUAAAUAAGGUACGUCAGUUAUUUAUUUUGUAUACAUUUGCAAAAAUGUAUAAAAACCUGUUUUUUCGCUUUGUCAUUAUAGGGUAUUGUGUGUAUAUUGAUGAGGAGAAAAAUGUAUUUCAUCAAUUUUAGAAUAAGGCUGUAAUGUAAAGAAAUGUGGAAAAAGUCAAGGGGUCUGAAUACUUUCCUAAUGCACUGUAUGUACGCUUGUUGAAUACAGUGACAUUCAGUGAUAGGAUUGAGCAUCAUUCAAGAGCCCACAUUGCUAUGCAAAUAGAAUUGUACAACAUGAUACAGCUGCAACACAGCAUGAUGCAAUAGGCCUAAGCCAUUUUAAUGAGAUGGCAGGGAUGGUUUUCCUUAUGUUCUGGCAGUAACGUUGCACUGGUGCUUUACAGCGAUGUUGUACUCUGUUAGGUGUUGAAAGAGGCGGUGUCUGUGCGUUUCCGCAGCAUCUCUUACCUGCACACCCGUGGACCUGGCCUUGCAGGCCACCUGUCUGCCCUGCAGCACAGCAUCAUGGGAGACUUGGCUGAGUGGAGUUUGUAUUGUGUAGUAGAAAAGUGUCUGUGUGGAGUCUGUAUUGUGCAGUAGAAAAUUGUAUGUGUGGAGUUUGUAUUGUGUAGUAGAAAAGUGUCUGAGUGGAGUUUGUAUUGUGUAGUAGAAACGUGUUUCUGAGUGGAGUUUGUAUUGUGUAGUAGAAACGUGUUUCUGAGUGGAUGCACAAGGCCCUGGAGGUGGAGCUGACAGACUGGCAGAGAGACCAGGAACCAGACACUGACCAUGAGGGCUUUUACCGCACCAGCCUGCCAACCAUCAUCACACAGGUUAACAAACAUACAAUCUACAUUAAGGCUGCUUUAAAAUGGUCACUAUGUAGAAUGUUUGCAAUGUGGUUGUGGUAAAUGUUAUUUUAAUGCACAUACUUGAGUUGUGGCGAUGUUGUGUUUGUGUUGGUGAUAUGUUGUGGAGGGUUUUGAGGCCUGUGAGUAAGUUGUUGUGAUGUUCUGUUUGUGUUGUGGUUGUGUUAGAUGCUGAAGAAGAAUGCACGGGUGCCUCUGAUAAUCUGUGAAUCAUUUCGGAAUCAGACCAUACAGAAGGGGCUCUAUGAGAUGGAGAACCUCCUCAAUAGGUGGGUCUGGGUUUUUUGUAUGAGUAUGUGCCUGUGUAUGUUUGAGAAUGGGGCAGAGAAUUUGUGAUAUUUUUCAAAUGACCUAGAUAUCACCUAUAAUAUUUGUUUUUGCAUGUAAUCACUGGAUCCGCAAGUCUCUCAUUUACUCUCCCUCUGUUUCCAGGUUCCGGGAGGCUCGUGUGGAAUUUGGGAAGGAGCGUCGCUGUAUAGUUGUGUUCGCCCACCCUGCCGGUAGAUCAGUGUCUUUGAAAAUCAAAUUAGUCUGUAGCUGACUUAUACCAGUGUCCCGUGUGGUAUUGUUGAUCCAUUCCUGUUCCUGUAGCGUUUGCAGGAGGAGUGCCAUUGGCUGACGGUGGUGGAGUAUGUGAGGGUGUGGAUGCAGAAUAGGCUGGUGUGUUGGAAUGCAGAGGAGUGA